AUAAAAGAUGGGCGCCGAUACAUGUCAUUCCCACGUCUCCCCCACCGGUUCUGCCUCGCUUCCUGUGCUUCCCACCAUUUCUUUUCUAGAUUCCUCCAUUUCUGAACGAAACUUCUAAACACAACCACCACACCUCCGACUCAUUUCAGAUUGUUCGCAACCGAUCCUUCCACCGUCUUCCUUUUCAUCCGAUACAACGGGUUCAACCUAUAUGAUUACUAGGAAACAAGCACAAUGAAGCUAAGCAAUUGCCUCGCAAGAUAAAGCAAAAAACGGGAAGAUAUCGAAGGUGUUCGACGAAAUGUCUACAAGAAAAGGGUUUGCAUAUCAGCCCCUACCAUAGGAGCAUGAUUGAUGGUAGUAGGAAAGGUUAAUCUAUUGCAGACUACAAACACGCAGUUGAUGGUCUUCAAACACUCAUCUCCUCAACAUGGGUGCUUCAACGUUCCAUCAUUACAUCUACUUCAAGAUCCUUCUUCUCCAUCUAUGUGUGAAUGCUGUUUUAAGGUUGCUACAAGUUACACUUCUAGUAUAAAGUCUAUCCAUAUUUACAAAAUUCAUGCAACAAUUGUUGACCCAACAACCGAAGUAUCUGUCAUGUUAUCUGAUAACACGGUUCACAAGAUAAUCGGAUUCCAUGUGAUGCACUGAUCAAUUGCUAUCGCUUCACUCAUAGGCACUCUUCCAACAAUUCUAGAUGAAUACAAAUCUCAGACAUACAACUUCCCAAAUGACAUCAGCACAUCAAACCCAUCCAAACACCUAUCUUAUCCGACGUAAUCAUGUUAUCGGAUUAGUUCACCAUAUUAUGAUAGUUACUUGAUAAGGAAGACAGCAACAAGCAGCUAUGUUUAAAAGUUGUGUUAACAAAUCAAAGGUGUAUAUAAACACCUGUUUUCCAC